AUGGUCCAGCAACGCAGCAGCACGCGGACCCGGGGCGUGGAAGCGAAGCGGGAGGCGUGUUCCAAAGACAGCUUGCUGUUGAAGGAUGGCACGGGCGAACCGGACUGGUGCAAAACCCCCAGCGGGCACAUCAAGCGGCCCAUGAACGCCUUCAUGGUGUGGUCCCAGAACGAACGGCGGAAGAUCAUGGACCAGUGGCCUGACAUGCACAACGCCGAGAUCUCCAAGCGGCUGGGACGGCGCUGGCAGUUGCUGCAGGAUUCGGAGAAGAUCCCUUUUGUCAAGGAGGCCGAGCGACUGCGCCUCAAACACAUGGCCGACUAUCCCGACUACAAGUACCGGCCCAGGAAGAAAGGCAAGCUGGGCAGUGCCAAGGCCCGGCCUAGGGUGCCCGUCAAGAUCAAGCCCUCCGUCCUUAGUCGGGCCGCUUCGCCCCGGAGGCAGACACCCAAGCCGGAUGCCGAAGGCCAGGGGCGAUGCCCUUCUCCGAAGCCGGACGACGACCCCUUGGAAGCCCGCAUCCUGGAAGUGUCGUUCGACGAGGGUCCCAAAACCUCCAGCAAAGAAUUCUGGCACGUGCUUCCCACAGGUGGCGAGAAAGGAGAGUGGGAAGGCAACUCUGGCCAGGCCAAAGACGGUGAAGAUGCCGAGCUCGCCAAACCUUGGUCCUCAGACGUGUCUUCUCCGGCUUCGACGCGGUCCUCUCCUUCGUCCUUCGCCUCCUCGGAUGACGAGCCGGAGGAAGACCUCUGGAACGUCGUGCCCAGUAGAGUCCAGCCCAACACGCCCCCCUGCAGGAGUCCGGACUGGUCGGUGUUCGAUAAAGACCUGGAUCUUUUUCCUUUGGGCACCUCGUCUCAUUUUGAAUUCCCCGAUUAUUGUACCCCGGAAGUGACUGAGAUGAUCGCAGGGGACUGGCUGAUGUCCAGCAUUUCGGACUUGGUCUUUACGUACUGA